UAUGUUUUUGUAGUAACUAGGAAGUAAAAAACGACAUUGUAGAAAAUGGCGGACGGAGGUAUUGGAUCAGAUGAAUUUGUCAACUUUAAAUGUUGUUUAUGUGUAAAGAAAAAUAUAACAAAAGAGGCGGAUAUUUAUUGUGUGGAAUGUCAGGAUUAUUAUUGUACACCAUGUACAGACUUUCACAAAAUGUUUCCUGCAAUGAGCAUGCAUCAGUUUAUAGACAAGUCAAGUUUUAACACAGUUAGCUUACAUACAUCGUUGCCAAGUUUUCCUGUUGAAAAAUGUGAAGUUCAUAAAAGCAAGCUGCUAGAUAUGUAUUGUGCUGACCACGAUGACGUAGCAUGUGCGACCUGUAUAGCUAUAAAACACAGAACCUGCCAACAUAUACAUUCGAUACCAGAUGAAGUUGAUGACUUAUGUAAGGAGAUUGAUGCUGAUAAAACAAAUAUUGAGCUGAUUCGCAUAAAAACUAAAAUUGAGGAGGCUGAGAGAGCAAAGAAAUUUCUUAUCAAAGAGCUCAAUGCACAGAAGGAGAAAGCAACAGAGUCAAUAAGACAAUUCAGAAAAGAAUUGGAGGUAAUACUUGAUACACUUGAAAAGACUACAUUAAAAACUUUAGAGGAAAAGUACAAAAAUGGCAAAGGGAAACUAGAGGACGAGAUUAAAAACCUCCAUAGACAUAUUGAUGAACUCAAAUUAUCAUCACAAAAACUAACAAAGUCAGUUGGGAAUAAAGCACAAGAGUACGUCGCUGUGAAAACUUCUCGGAAACAAAUCAUUGAAGCUAAUGAAGCAGAAGCAGAGUCUGUGACAAAUUCAUCAGAUGUUAAAGUGGAAUUCAUUGCUGAUUCGACAAUAAAGGAUGCUUUGAAAGACUUCAAGACAUUUGGAUUAAUUUCAGUGAGUAAUACUGAAAAUAUAAGAGAGAAAAUGUAUGUUGUGAAAAGCAAGAAACAAGUUAACAUCAAACAUCAAAAUGAUAGAACAUCAUGUCAUGUUUUGGGUUCAUGUUUCACAGAUGAUGGACUAUUAUUUCUAGCUGACUAUAACAACAAAACAUUCAAGCUUAUUGAUUUGUCCUCAGAAUCCAUAAAAGAUAAGCUAAAUCUUGAAGCAUCGCCAUAUAGAAUUUGUCAAAUAAGUAAAAACGACUUUGCAGUAAGUUUGAACAAUCAAACCAUUCAAUUUGUUACAAUGGACAAAGAACUUAUUACCACCGGUCAACUGAAUCUAGAUCAUGUAUGUAAUGGACUGGCCUACAAAGACAACAAAUUAUUCAUCUCUGAUUCUAAUACAGCGCUCUACAUUUAUGAUAUGAAUGGCAUCAUGUUGAAAAAAAUCACAACUGAUAAACAAGGCAAUGCAAUUUUCAAUGACAACAAAGAUAUCAGUGUUAGCAGUGAUGGCAAGAUGAUUUAUGUGGCUGAUUAUUAUAAAGGUCUGAUUGUCCUUGACAUUGAGGGAAAUUACAAGACAACAAUUACUGAUCCUGAUUUUAUUAAUCUAUUUGGAGUUUGUACAGACAAACGAGGAAACAUAUUUGUGUGUGGAUGGGGGAAUUCUAAAAUUGUCCAGAUCAAUGAGAAGACUACUGGAAAAUUGGGCAUACUUGGCAAUGUUUGUCAUGGUUUUUCAUGUAGCUUUCAUUUGAAACAUAACAGACUGGCAGUCACUAAUGGUAGCAGUAAUACGAUUGAGGUGUAUGAUUUACUGUAAAUCCAAUAAACUGACACUAAUCAAAAUAAUAAUAUUAAACUAAAUAAAAAUUAUGUAGGCUAUUUACAAGUUCAAUAGAUUUAGUUAUGAACUUACAUGAAUUUAAUAUUCUAUUUAUCACAUACCGGUACCAAAAAUAAAGACCGGUUGAAGUGAAGAAGAACCAUGUAUCUAUCAUUGACGUGCCUGAAGUAUUAAGCUAACAUUUAACCCGUCUUAACGCUAUGUUUGUAUAGCGCAAAUGACGUCAAGAUAAAAUAUAUAUGCAAAUCCGCGUAAUACCAUUGUUACGGAGUUGCAAAAGCGGCACGGGUAUGUGAUAUUGAAGUUUUAUUAUGCUAAGAUAAAGGGGAUAAUUUGCUUGUAUUAUAUUUCACUGCUUAUUGUAUGUGUUAUGUAUGUGCUUCUGUGUGAUUGUAAUGUGAAAUAUUAUUUAGAGUUCAAUUUCGUACACAAGAUAAGUAUUCCUUGAUUCU